UGGCUGAAUUGCCUGAGAGGCGGGACUAUUAGCAAACGGGGACUAGAGACGGGGAUGCUGAAAAGCAACCAGCAGAGACACACUUGUGACGCACUUCCGGCGGUCCGUGAAGAAGAUGGCCUCAUCCCAACAGCAAGCUUCAGCGGCUUCCUCAGCUGCUGGUGUAUCGGGUCCCAGUUCGGCUGGCGGCCCGGGUCCCCAGCAGCAGCCGCAACCGCCAGCACAACUCGUGGGCCCUGCCCAGAGCGGCCUUCUGCAGCAACAGCAACAGGACUUCGAUCCUGUGCAGCGUUAUAAGAUGCUCAUCCCGCAGCUGAAGGAGAGUCUACAGACCUUGAUGAAGGUUGCAGCCCAAAACUUGAUUCAGAACACUAACAUCGACAAUGGACAGUGAGUACAGCCCCCUUCCCCAGGAUAUUCUAUUUUCACUCCAGUCUUUGAAGUUCAUCUUUCCUUCUCCCUGCUGCCUGCCUACCUCACCUCCUAUGAUUUUUUUUUUUUUUUUUUUUUUUUUGAGACAGGGUCUCCCUCUGUCACCCAGGCUGGAAUACAGUGGCAUGAUCUUGGCUCAUUGCAGCCUUGAACUUCUGAGCUCAGGUGAUCCUCUUGCCUCGGCCUCCCAAGUAGCCAGGACUACAGACAUGAGCCAAUCAUGCAUGGCUAAAUUGU